CACCAUGGUUGUGGAGCGCAUGCGCACAGCACCAACAGUAGAUUCACGCGCGUUGUCGGUGCUUACAGGUUAGCCUCCCGUGAGUGUUAGUUCCGAGACCCUGUGAACACGAAUCCCCAGGUUUGACGGUGAGCGGACCGGAGGAGCUGUGACUUGCCCGCUGUGUGUUUGGACUGGUUUACCGUCUCAGCCUCCUGCGGCCGUUACGUGUAGCGCGUUAGCUGUUAGCCUGAAGCUAACGUUAGCAUCUUCUGAAGCUACACCCGUCCAGAGCGGUGACUGAUCGAGGAGGAGGAAGAGGAGGAAGAUGUCUCCGGCAUCAGACGUGGAGGUGGAGGUGUCCCCAGACAGAGUGGGGAGGGGUAGGAGAGGAGGUCUGAGUCUGGACGACUGUCGCUGUCCGGUCUGUCUGGAGAUCUUCAUCGAGCCUGUUACACUGCCCUGUACACACACCUUCUGUAAGGUCUGCUUCCUGGAGUCAGUGGACAAAGCCACUCUGUGCUGUCCGAUGUGCAGGAAGAGAGUUUCCACCUGGGCCCGACAGAACAGCAGGAACCAGACUCUGGUGAACCAGCAGCUGUGGACUCAGAUCCAGAUCUGCUUCCCUCUGCAGUGUGAGCGUCGCCUGGCGGGUCAGGAGGACCAGGACGACCCGGGAGUCUCGGUGUGUUUUCCCACAGUGAGUCAACCUGGUGAGCUGAGGCAGGAGUAUGAGGACCAGGUCACUAAACUGACGGAGGAGAAGCGGGUCCUGGAGGAGGAGCAGAGGAGAGCCAGUGAGGAGUACAUCCAGAGACUGUUGGCUGAGGAGGAGCAGCUGCUGCAGGAGGAGAGCAGGAGGAGGGAGGAGGACGAGAGGCUGGCCAGAAUGCUCAGCACCCAGCUGAACUCGUCUCCGGUCUCUCAGGAUCUGACUCCGGCCAAGAAGAAGAAGGAGGUUGGCUCUGGGCAGAUUGAGAAGUUCCUGUUUCCUCUUCAGUCUAAAUCCAGAUCACCAGAGUCCAACUUCAUGGCCAACAAGGAGAACAUCCUCCUCUCUCAGGAAGAGCAACCGCCUCCUAAACUGGAUUAUUAUGGAGCUCCAACAGACCGAUCAGAACCUCCAGACCUGAACCCAGACCUGUGUCAGGUAGAGGAUCAGACUCUGAGGAGAGACAGAGGAUCUUCAUCAACCAAGAGGAAGAGUUCGGAGCUGGAGACUGAGGAGGAGGAGAUCAAACGAGGCUUUCCCUCCUCCUCCUCCUCUUCCUCUUCCUCUUCCUCUCUGGGGGUGGGGGUGUCAGAGUGGGAGUCAGAGCUGGUGAGGAGGCGGCAUCAGGAAGAGGAGGACCGGAGACUAGCUCUGCUCCUGCAGAGGGAGCUGGACCAGGAGGAGAAACAACGAGCCACCGACAGACGCAAAGGAUCCGCCGACGCCUACCAGCUCCGCCAGACCAGAGGAGGGAGGGGGGAGGCCUCCAGCAGACCCCCCAGGAAGACUGCAAAGACCUCCUCCUCCUCCUCCUCCUCCUCCAGCAGAGGCAGUAAACAGACCACCCUGACUGAGAUGUUCUCCAGCCUGACCUCCUCACCUUAGCUCAAACCCCUCCUCCCUCCCCCUCCCCCUCCUGGUUUCUCCUCAUGAUGAAUAAAAUCAGUUCAGACAGAAGUUAAACUGGAAAUAUCAACAGAAGCCUGCUUCAUCUUGUUCUGUUUGGAGACUGAACAGAUUCUGAUUAUUGGUCAUUGAUUAUUGAUCACUGAUUACUGAUUGUUCUUCUGGGUUUAAAAUGUCAGAAAACACUAAAACAUCUUCAUCAUGAUAAACUCAGGAUGUAAAGGAGCUCAGUUCACUCAUCACAUCCUCAGUUUAAUGCCUUAAACAGUUUAGUGAUCAAUGGAUUCAUUGCUUGAUCGAUUGAUCAGUUAGUUGUUGCUGCUCUUCCAUCUCCUCCUGGUUUCAGUCUUUGACCCAGCUGCAGACACAGGUUCAGUGAUUUAACCUGGAGUCAUCAGCUGGUCCAGGUCCAGGACCAGCGCCAGGACCAGGUCUUCCACAGUAAACUGGGAGGACCAGUUGUUUCUGAGCUGUUUUGUGUUGAAACAGUAAAAUCUGAACAGGAAGUGACUUGAAUAAAUCAAAGUGUCCAGAUGCUGUAACUGAGACUGGGUGCAGUGAGCCGAGUGUCCACCAGGGGGAGCUGAUGUUUGAUUUCAUCUUUCUUUCCUCUGCAGAGAAACAGACUCAAUAUUUUAGUUUGAAAGGUUUAUAAGUUUGUUUUUCAGGAUCCUCAGAAUCAGAAUCUGAUUUCAGCUGAUGAAAAGUGCCUCUUUUACUUUUUACUUCUUUAAUACAGUUAGCAUGUUAAACACUGUUCAUGCUGUGUUCAGGGCCUUUGUGUGUGACAGACAGCAGAGACUCUUCAGUUGUGAGGGUUAAAGUCUCUGUGAUUGUGAUGAUGGUAAUGAAGGUGACAGCCUGCGGGGGGGCGCUGCUUCACACUGUUGAUGUGUUCAGAAUAAAAACAGCUGAGAUUCUU